AUGUUCUUCUUCUCUGAGACCGUCGGGGGUGAGGACGACGUGGUCGGCUUCAUGCUGCCGACGGGGAAUUAUGCGGGCCCAGACCUGGCGGAGGCGACGGCGCGGCUGAUGAACCUCACGACGGCGGGCUCCGGAGGUAGGACCUACGCCGUGACGUACGACCCGUUGCGCUCGAAGUUCGUGUUCUCGAUAGCGGAGCCGGCGGCGGGCGUGACUCGAUUCAAGCUACUAUUCUCGAGGCCCGGUUCCUGCUGCAAGGCAUUCGGCUUCGACGCCGCGGACACGGAGUGGAACUUGGGGUACGCGAACGAGGGGGUGGAUCCGACCGAUUCAGCGUACACGGAUUCCAUAGCGUCCUCCAACUACGCAGACCUGUUCGGGGACACAUACGUCUACCUGUCCAGCCCCGAGCUGGACACCAAGUUCCACGAAACGACGUACACCCGCUCGCUGACCAGCAACAGCGCCCCGUUCGUCGGCAACGCCUUCGUUCGGCUCUCCCUCUUCGGUGCGGCCGGAGACGUGAUCUAUUACUCUGCAGCGACGGCGACGCAAGUGAGCACCGAGUUCAGGCCGCCCCUCGCCAAGCUCGACCAGCUCGAGUUCUCUUGGAGGAGGAAGGACGGGACCCUGGUGGACUUUCAGGGGCUGGACAACAGCUUCACACUUCGUUUCAAGAUCCGAGGAAGGUCUUUGGGGCUUCCGCAGUUCCUCAGGAACGAGGUGAAGCAGAAGAUGGCCAACUCUCCGGACGCGCUCAUGGAAGCCUUCGCAUCCUUCUUCGAGGGUGAUCAGGACGCUGUCAUCGCGCUCAGGAACGGAGACGUCGAAACCCUCACGUCCCUGGAGCGGGUCGUCCGAUGUCCCGUCGGGGCGCUCGCGGUCAAGCUCUGGGGCGGCAUGUCGGAGGGAUCGAAGGACGCGAGUCGAAGGCACCUGCUGUCUCUGGCGGCCGCCGCUGGUCUCGACGAGGGGGCUGACCCCGGCCUGGCGACCGGCGCGCGGGCCUGGUCCCUCGUGUUCUCGGAGGUGGUGGGGAAGCGCGUCUUGGUGCCGGCGGCAUUCCUGGGAAAGAUGGAGCAGGGGAUCGAGCUCCUGAGGGGCCUCGCGGCGACGGUGGAGGAGGACGACAUCCGGCAGGAGGACCUCGAGGAGCUCCUGGACGGGGUCGACCUCGAUCUCGGGACGAGCGACGCGGCCGAGCCGGAGGAGGACGGUCUAUCCGGAGUGCUGAAGGCGCUGUUGCCGCGCUUCAAGGAGGUCAUGGGAUCCGAUCGCAGGAUCGAUUCCGCCGAAGUGGCGACGUACGCGCUGGCGAAGCUGAAGGACGAGAGGUGCGCCAAGAUCGUGGCGACCCUCCGGUCCGCCUUUUCGAACGUCCAGUCGCGGUACUUGCAGUCCACGCUCUCGAAAGCGGCGAACGCGGUCGACCUCAGCUCCGUCGAAGCGGCCGCCGACUCCAUCCGGUCGAUCGACCCGCGAGACUUCGAGGAGGAGAUGCGGGGGCUGGCCAAGGGCGUGGACGCCUCGAAGCUCCAGGCGGUCGCGCGCUCGAUGGGGGAGCUCCUGGAAACCUCCGGCAUGGCGGGAGCCUUCGGGCUGAGGGACGCGGCACGGAAGCUCGGAGGAAUGCUCGCGGACGAUGGUCCGGGCGGGAGUGGAGGCGUGCUCUCGGGAAUCAUGAGUUCGGACGCGGCGCCUGGAAUGAUCUCGCAGAUCCCGGCGGCGAUCGGAGAGGACGGCUCCCUCGACCUGGGCCGGGCCACGGCGUUGGCGAUGAGGAGCAGGAGGGUGCCCAAGAGGCCACGGAUCACGGGUCGGAGUUGA